GUCGUAUCAAUCCUCCCGCAUCCUCCAUGAUGAAUUUUCUGUCAAUUUCGCCCACUGUCAUUCCUGUCGUCUGAGGUGUUUUAGCAUUUUUUAGAUUUUCUUCGUGUAUGCUGUGAACCACCCUUGAAUCGCCUCCCUUAGAAGCUUUCCUGAGGUUUGCAACGGUAUUUUAAAAACAGAUUUCAAAAUAGAAAUCACGCUGUCGUUGCGAGUUUUCGAUUUUUCCGAGAUGUUUACCUUGGAGGAGCGGAACAUGAUGAAUAAACUUGACGCACUGAAAGAUAUCAGGUCCAAGACCUUGCAGCUGGAAAAAAUCAAGGCUCGAAUAAUUAAGCAAGUCUCCACAACUCACCAAGAGCACCAGAGUUUGGCCGAGUACCGACAAGAAAUGGAAUUGUUGAUGCAGGAAAAGAUGGCCCACGUUGAAGAGCUUCGACAGAUUCACGCAGACAUCAAUGCUAUGGAGAACGUCAUGAAGCAAGCAGAAGAGGCUCAUGUGAAAGCUCUUGAGACUGCCAAAAGGCUGCAUGACGAGUACAUGCCCUUGAAGAUGGAAGUGGACAGAAUGCGCCACGAGUGCUUGGGUCUGGAUCGCCUUCCAGAGCUGCACGAAAUUGACUGUCGGCUCUUCUCGCCAGAAAAACUGUCGAAUUUCAGCUUUUUUGAGAAGCCUGUCAUCAAGACUGCAUGGCCUGUCGAACGAGAGGAGCCUGCGCCGAUGACCCCGGUCAACUUGAUGCAUCACGUUGUGGCCCCUUCGUCGUUCUUGCAGCCACCACAACCACCUGCACCACCCCCGAUGGGCAACCAGCAGCCGGUCAACAAGGUGCAGGAGCCGAGGACAAUGCUCUCUGCCUCGGCGCCGUCAUUUAGGCAGCAACCACCACCGAUGAAGGCGUGUCUCUCGUGUCACCAGCAAAUCCAUCGCAACGCACCGAUAUGCCCUCUGUGCAAGGCCAAGUCUAGAUCUCGCAACCCGAAGAAGCCCAAGAAGAAAGACUAAAUUUUUACAUAAUAUAUUUUAUGUACUUAAUUACAUGUUGUAAUUAGUGUCAAGUUUUAAUUAAACUAAUCGAAAUAUAAAUUGACGAUUUUUAU